GCCGUGGUAACGGCCCGUCGCUUAAGGCCGAACCGGGCCGGGCCUAGGAUGGCUGCCGCGGCCGGGGCAGCUGUCGCUGCGGCCACGGCAGGACAGGACGACGACGACGGCCCGUCGCUGCCGGGGCCUUCUUUAGGGCGGCGAGCCGUCUGCUCCCGACCGUACUUCGUGGUGCUGAUGGUUUUCGCGCAUCUCUACGUGCUCAACGUAUUGGGCUUGCUCCUCUUCGUGCACAUCAGCUCCGAUGACGGCGGAGACCCCGAGGCGGGGAAAGAGACCCCGAGCCCCGCUCAGGAACCGCUGGCGGUGCCCUAUCCUCCGGGCAGCUCUUACCCUCACGCCCUGCCUCGCUUGGAGGGCAUCAAGGUUGGCCAUAAACAGAAGGUAGAGCUGGUUCCUAACAAAGUCCAUUUUAUGAAAACACUCAGCUUGAAACCACUUCUUUUUGAAGUUCCAGAGUUCCUGACUGAAGAUGAAUGUAAAUUAAUUAUCCACUUGGCUCAGCUGAAAGGAUUACAGAAAAGCCAGAUUUUGCCAACAGAAGAGUAUGAAGAAGCUAUGGAAAUGAUAGACAUCAGCCAGAUGGACAUGUUUAAUCUGCUAGAUCACAAUCAAGAUGGACAGUUGCAGCUCAAGGAGGUGUUGACACAUACCCGUCUAGGAAAUGGCAGAUGGAUGACACCAGAGAGCAUCCGGGAGAUGUACACUGCUGUAAAAGCAGAUCCAGAUGGCAAUGGAGUACUGAGUUUGGAAGAGUUCAAGCGGCUGAACAUCCGGGACUUCCACAAGUAUAUGGGAAGCCAAAAAGUGAAGAUGAGUGACCUUGUGCGGAACAGCCAGCAUACAUGGUUGUAUCAAGGCGAGGGGGCGCACCAAGUCAUGCGCUCUAUACAGCAAAGGGUGAUUCAUUUAACCCGUUUGCCCCCAGAGAUUGUGGAGCACAGUGAACCCUUGCAGGUGGUGCGUUAUGACCAGGGAGGGCACUACCAUGCCCACAUGGACAGUGGACCAGUGUUCCCUGAGACUGCCUGCAGCCACACCAAGCUGAUUGCCAAUGAAACAACUGCGUUUGAAACCUCAUGCCGUUAUGUCACAGUACUCUUCUACCUAAAUAAUGUGACAGGAGGCGGAGAAACCACUUUUCCUAUAGCUGACAACAGAACCUAUGAAGAAUUGUCUCUCAUUCAGAAUGAUGUUGACCUACGUGACACUCGUAAACACUGUGAUAAAGGAAAUCUACGUGUAAAACCCCUGCAAGGCACUGCUGUCUUCUGGUACAAUUACCUGUCAGAUGGAGAAGGGUGGGUUGGUGACCUAGAUGAAUAUUCCUUGCAUGGAGGCUGCUUGGUCACUGAAGGAACUAAAUGGAUAGCCAACAAUUGGAUCAAUGUUGAUCCCAACAAGCGAAGGCAGCUCCAGUUCCAAGAGGAGAUGGCUCGAUACACAAACAAUGAGGAAGAAGACCAGAAUGAAUGGACUGUGGACAAAUCCUACAGUAAUGUACAUGUGGAACUGUAGUGCUUGGAGGGAAAUGUCUUCAUUGAUGUUGAAGAAAGCUUUCUCACCAGCCUCAGCCUUGUAAUCUUCUAGCCUUUCCCCAUCCCCACAUACCUCCACAGAGAGUGGUAGCUGUGCUCCAGCCUUAUGUUUCUGAUUAGACUGGAAGAAGCACAGACUUGAUGGGCAUACAUGGUCAAGAAUGCAGUUUGAGGGAGAAGAGGUAACAGAAUAGGCUGGAGAAGUGUCAGUGCUUAGCUUCUCGGAAUACAUAUAUGUAUCUUCAUUGAAUUGCUGGCUGGAUUUGCUGCAGGAGAUUCUGGAUUUCUGAGUUAGGCUUCCCUUGGCUCCUUAGCAUGUGCAAGCAGCCUGCAGGAUCUUUGGGCUAUAUUUUCCAGAAGAUGAAGAAAAGCAGUUCUUCAUCUUCUGCUUCAGCUGGAUUUGGAGCUGCAUUCCUGGUGCCUGACUUUCUCUCCUGCAGUCACAAGGCAUCCACUUAGAAAGUGAACUUGGGUCAUAUGACUCAAGAUCCAAUCAUUUAUAGAUCUGGGUGGCAGGAGGAUCCCACAUUAGCAAAACUGGUCUUGGAAAAUUUCUGCUGCUCAUAAUAGGCCAUUCACUACAGAGUAUAGCUGUUAUUUUUAGCUAUUGCAAGCAUGAGUGACUAUCUUCCCGUGCUUUUAUGUGCACUUCUAUUCAGAAGUCAGGCCCAUUGCAUUCCAUGGAGCUUAUCUCCAGCAAAAUGUGUGUAGGGUUGCAGGUGUAAGUACAUAUGAAUACAAAUGGACCUUGAGCAACUAUGUGUUACGAAGACGCAGGGAUUAGAAAGGUAAUUCCAGGUGAUUUUAAAUACUCAUCCUGGACAAUUUUUCUCAGGGUUAGACAUGGUUCUGUAUAAGAACAUGAUUGUGAAAUGUUUAUAGUAUUGAUUAUCAGGGAAAAAGGGAGGUACUCAAUUGUGCAUUAGCGGCUGGUGUACUGUAUUUUUUGAGAUUGUCACUUCAGAAGCUUGAUUUGAGUACUGAGGUUUCCUUGAUGUAAAUCUGAGAGUUUUUGCCCAAGAAAUAUUUUAUUCCAUUACCUUUUUUUUAAUUUGGCCAACAGCAUAUUCAGUUAUGCUUCAUUCUGACAGAUAAAUACAAUAUAUGCAAAUUGGAAGCAGCUGAGUCUCAGUCCUGAACCUAGGAAUAGUCCUGCUGGAUCAAACCAAAGGGCCAUCCACAACGGGCCAACUAGAUGCCACUAAGAAGCCCAUGAGGUCAAUAGUCUUCUGCUAUUCCAGGCAUUUGGCCACAUGCUGCUACUGAACAUAGACAUGCCAUAUAGUCACUAGGAAAAUUGGCAGACAAAUCCUUCCUGAAUUUGUCUAAUCCACUGAACUACAGUAAUUGCAGUAUUCGAAUACACCACGUGGUUGUGAUUUCCGUGAAUCAGUUAUACAUUGUGGCUAGAAAUGCUGUCUGUGGUCUUUCCUUAAUAGUCUCCAUACCAUGCAUAGUUUGAUAUACCUCAGCCAUGUUGAUCUUAGUUGCGUUCUUUUUUUAAAACUAAAAACCCCAGUCCAUCUAGUCUUUCUCCAUGGGACAGGUGCCUCACCCCUCUAAUCAUUUUGCUUAUCGUUUUCCGGCUCUUCCCCAACUGUACAAUAUCUGUUUCAAGAUGGAACUACAGUACUAGAAGGGCUUUUUACUUAAACCUAAAGCAGAAGCCAUAGAUCACCCCUUCCAUUGUAUCUUGAGAAUGCUAAUCCGUGUCCAUAACAAAGAGGGAUUAGAGAUAGGAAAGAAGAUAAGAACAUGGCAGUUCAGUGAGAUACAGGAAAAAAUUCUGUAGCACUGUAUUGUACCAUAUGAGGCUUAUGGCUGUAGGCAAACAUGUCCAACUCUGUUAAGAAAUGUGGAAUUAGUUACUUGUUUUUCCGACACCAGAAAAAUGUAUCUGCCUGCAAAGUCCCCCAUCUUGAAUAGAGGUAAAUUGCAGGAUUUAACUAUACACGUUACUGCAGAGAACAGGAAUGCCUCUGUUUGACCUUGUAGUUCAUAGCCUGAAAAAAAAAUGGCUGAAACCCUGUUGCUUUGUUGUGUAUGCAGAAGGCAAACGCUAACAGUUAACAAGGCCCUGCUGGGAUUCUCAAACAUGCACCAAGUCAGAACAGAUACCCACACUCCAGGGAAUCCCAGCAGCCAUUCAUUAAUUGCCAGCUAGAAGCAACUGCAUGUUAUGUCAUUUGCCUUCCCAUAUGUAACAAAUAAUAGGAUUUCAGCCAGUUCUCUUAAAACCCUACUUGUUCAUCUGCCAUAUAUAUAUAUAUAUAUUCAUUCAGUGGAGAGUAGAUUGAUCGUGAUACCAAUAUCUGAACAUUAUUUUUAGUUGCUCAAUCUUGAUGAGUGAAUAGAAAGUUUCCUCCCAUUGUAUACUUUCCAUUAUUCCACUUCCAUUUUGAUAUUUCUGUUUCUUCUGAAUGCUUUGGGACUUUUGAAUUAGACAAUGUUGCCUUUAACACAGCCAUCAUGUGAUUGGGAUUCCUGCCUAGUGCCUCCAGUGCUGUCCAGAGGAUGCUAAGCAGUAGAGCAUUUCUCAUGCUGCAAAAUGUUGUCCUUUUCUGUAAGUUUCCCUGAAGAAAAAUCUGAUAUUAGUGUGUAGUGUUGUUAUAUAUUGAGAUGGGUUUAGGCCUAUAGUGAAUGAAUUUGUUCCAAAGAAUAAGUAGAAUUCACAAUCCUUUUUUUUUUUUUAAUUGGGACAUUUCUUUUGCCUAAGAUAAAGAUCUGCCCAACUAAUGAGCAAUGAAGCCAAGCACAGCUCACAUCAGCCAGGUAUUGUGAUCUGUUAGGCACUUCAUUUUUGUAUUCUCAAGCAGAUGAUGAAAGAGUAGGCUUAUCAAAAUCCUAGUUUAUAGUGUUUGAUGGGUUGCAAGCUGUGCUGUUCUGCCUUUGCGUUAGCAACAUGCUUUAUAACUGGGUGAUGUUAACAGGUUUGUUACCUGCACAGCCCUGUGCCCACCACAUUUUAAACAGACCUUAGUAGGUUGCUUAUACAGUGGUGUCUUGACUUAUGAACUUAAUCCAUCCCAGAAGAUGUUCUUAAGUCGAAACAUUC